ACUGCCAUCUCUUCAUGGGGUACAUUGGCAAGUGUGUCUUGCUGGGCCAAUUAAGAACUUUGUUGUGGUCAGGAGAAAUUCGAGCUCGAAAGUUGAAGCCUCACUUUGUCAGUUGUCACUCAGAAUCUUCUAGAGCUUUUGACUUGGCACCCACAAAGGAUAAUACCCUGAAUGCUUCUUUCUUUCAUUUUACCUGGCUGCUAUGCUAACUUGAUAUUUGCUUGGACUUGACCUGCAUGAGGCAAGCUAUUUACUUACGGUUAAUCAUUUUGAACUCUGGGGCUGAGAACUGUCAGCCUGGGAAAGUCCCCCUCCCAUUUUCAGGGUACCGGAGUUAGCAGAAGCACAUCAUUGAGGAGCGAUGAAAGGCCUCUGCCUGUGGUUAGCUUUGUUGACCUGCCUCAUGGUGAAAGUCUAUGGCAAGAUCUUCAGACGUUGUGAACUGGCAUCAGUAAUGCGACGCUGGGGAAUGGAGGGGCACGAGGGCUACACUUUGGAUGACUGGGUCUGCUUGGCAUAUUAUGCAAGUGGUUUCAACACAGCUAAGGUGACCCAUAAUAUUGAUGGUACUUCAGAAUAUGGCCUUUUCCAGAUCAACAGUCGCUCCUGGUGUGCUGACCACCACAGCACUUCAAGGAACCUCUGCAGCUUAUCUUGUCGUGAUUUGGUGGGUGAUGAAAUCAUCGAUGAUAUAAUUUGUGUCAAGAGAGCUGUAGCAGGUCCAGAUGGUUUGGAAGCCUGGGAUGGCUGGCGAAAUCAUUGCCGUGGAAAAAACUUGCAUUACUGGACAGCUACUUGUAAACUGUGAAUUUAUUGUACCACCAACUGAAUUUACCAUCUGCAAAUCAGUUUCUUCAUCUGCUUGUGCUCUUCAGAUUGUGAUCACAGAGUACAAUCUGAUCAAAGGCAUUUGACAGAAUAAAUUCUUUUUGAGAUAAUAA